AUGUCGACUUUUUCUCAACAUCGAGCGAUGCACGAUGCGGGGGCAUUCACGGCGGCCAUCCACACCGGACACAAUCAUGGCUCGCACGCCGUCCACCAGCAAGCCCCCAUGAGCGGCCACUAUGUGCCAUGCCCGUACGAGGACAAGGUCACCAAAGACGGUACCACGGCGCGCAUGGUUCUCCUGUUUCUUCGCGAACUCCUGGACCAGCUGUCGGUCGGGGAGCAGACCCAGCAGAGCUAUGGCUGUCCCAUGACCCGCUGUCACAGGUCCUUCGUAGCGCCACUUCAGGUCGUCCAGCACCUCCUGUCUUGCCCCGAACUCCCUAGCGGCGAGUUCGACUGCGACAAGUGCAGCACCAGCCAUAGCUUCCCGACGAACGAGAAGGACUGGGCGCAAUGGAUGGGGUGGAGGCCGCAGCAAGCCAUGCCUAUCUCGCGGAAACGCAGCCUUGGUUCCAAGAUGAGAGACUUCGCUCUGAGGAAGAAGGACCCGUCUCGCAAGCAGAAUGCCACCUUUGACCCGCACUUCAAGGGCGGUUCAGCGAUGGAUACACGGCCGAGCACCGCCACCUCCGACGCCCCCAGCUCGACUUACACGACUAGGGCGUUCCAACAACACGUCGUCUUUCCGGGGCAGCCUGCGCAAGGGGGGCCGCCAGGCUUCUCAGCUCUGGAGAAACCCAUGCUGGGCUCGAAUCUUCCCGAGGUCGACGGAAGCAUGUUCUGGCCGGGGUUCAACGCGGGUGCUUCCGACCUGCCAUCCACAGUAUCGUCGAUUGCCCUUUCCUCAACCAUGGAUGAGAGUCCGUCCGAACGCCUCUCACAAAACACCUCGCAGAGCACGCUGUUCAACCCCAGCCUGGGUCCUUACCAGUCCACCGUUUCGUCGUCACAAGACCACAACAACAUGUCGGCCUCGCAACAAUACAUGUUCCCUCCGCAGAUGCCCUUCAAUGCUGGCCUAACGUCCCCUCCGGGCCAUGUGCCACCAACGUCGGCAAUGUGUUUGGACGAACCGCUCUCCUUGCCCCAGAGCCCGAUAUCGCCAGCGGAAUUGCGUUCGGCAACCUCGAGUAACAAUGGUUGGUGGCGGCCAAAGGCAGAGGUGGAAACACCACAGCCGAACCCGCCAUCCGCCGGGCCAGCACCUUGCUUCCCUCUCCAAGCGGGCAUGCUGGGCGACAUGGCUCGGGGCGUCAGCAGCGGCUUGUCAAGUCCAACAUCCCCUAAUACGGCGGCGUCUCCCUACUACCAAGUACAACCACCCUCGACGCACGCCAUGUCUCGGGCGCUGAGCCAGGAAUCCAUGCAGAGCAGCAUGACAACGGUCUUUGGGACUCCCAUUACAGAAGGAGGUGGGCAUGGUUCUCUAACACCGCGUGCCGAAAGUCACCAGCUUGCCCACACCCAACAACACGACCGCCAACACGACCAGCAACACGAACAACAGCACGACCAGCAACACAACCACCAACACACCCAUCAACACAAUCAUCAACACAACCAUCAGCACAACCACCCGCACAAUCAUCAACACAAUCACCAACACGGCCAACACUCGGCCCUCGUUCAAGGCAAACCUGGGCCGGAGUCAUCCGUCGAGGACCUCGUCUGCGACGAGUGCCAGUGGAAGCCCAGAGGCGUCAGGGAGAACCUCAAGGGGUACCUCCGCAAACACAAAAACACGCACAGGGGUGUGCGGCUAGCGUGUGACGUACCGGGCUGCGUCAAGACAUUUAGUCGGCUGGACAACCUCAAAAAGCACAAAAAGGACAAGCAUGGGAUCGAGGACACGGGUGGCUCGGUGCCGGCCAAGAGGGUGGCGGGCGACUUUGCCGAGACGAUCGAGGAGGAGGCGGAGCCGAAGCGGCCACCCACUGUUGAAUCGGCGGAUCUCAGGGCCGUGACGGAGGACUACUCGAUGCUCUGGCCAGCGUUGCACUUUUAA